AUGAAAAUCGGCCAUAAAAUACACCGCUUCUUCUUAAAUAAUUACCACGUUCUAUCAUUUGUUUGCAUCCCCUUUUUAAUGCUUUAUGGAUUUCUACAUCGGGAAUUGGUCAAAAACAAUCGAGACCUGAUUUAUUGGAAUAAGCUGCUAAAGAGAUCCAUUGAAGAGCUAGAUCAAUAUGGAUUUCUUUUGAUCGCAUGCAUUCUCAGCUUUAAAGUCCUUAUCGUAAUAUUUAUCAUCCUCCGCAAUUCUCGAACAAUGGACUAUUAUAAUCAUCUAUCACAAUUAGAAGUUAAAAAACGUUAUGCUGAUUUUCUGCUCUUGCGAUUACUAUCGGAAAUCGAUGCAUUUGAAAUGGAAUAUUUGAGAACAAAGAAUACUAAGGAAUUGCCGAAUAUGAAAGCGGUUAUGAGAGCACAUGACGGAAUCACAUGGAGUAUACAAAAAUUUCGACGAGAUGCCCGAAAAUUGUUGUGGCCAAAUGAAAUGGAAAUCAUGUUAUCUAUUGAGGAUGUUUAUGGGCUAAUGGCUGAGGAAGAGAAUUUCUUGAAAAAAUCCAAAUUCUAUCACAUGAACAUUCAUGCCAGUAAUGAUUUGAUAAAGAAACUAAUAAAUCCCAUUUAA